GAGGUUUUUGUUUGAGUUUUGAAAGAAAGAGAGAAAAUGUAAACAAUUAGUCAAAUGACUCGACAGUGAAGUGAAGUGUCUGUGAAUGCAUCGACUGUUUUGGCACUCAUUUGGUUUGCAAUCAAUUGUAUUAUUUGUGCAAAACUUGUCAAACAAGUCAAUCACAUCACCGGUGAUAUGAAUGCGGGCAAAGGGAUGGCAGCGAAGGGCACCGACCACUGGACGAGUCCUACUCUUGUGAUCCGGUCGUUUGGUCCAAAGCUGGUGCCCUUCUUCAAGACAGUCGCCAUUUAUCUGGUUUUGGCGGAUCGGGAGAGCCCUUCAUGGCUCACAUGUCUCCUCAAAUGUCUGCCCAUCAUAUGGCUCUGCAUUUUCGUAGUGCUUCACGGCAUCAGUUUGGGUGACAAACACGUCUACUCCCGAAGAAUACUAAUGGGUUUAGUGCUGUCCUGUUGUGGGGACGCACUCCUCGUUUGGCCCAAAUGUUUCUUAUGGGGAAUGUUGUCCUUCGCACUGGCCCACAUCUCAUACAUCACUGCAUUUGGUUUCUAUCCGUUUAAUGUGAGCGCCGGUGCUCUCUGUGCGCUAUUGGGAGCUGUCGUUCACUACAUAAUGUAUCCCAACCUUCAAGGGACAGUAUAUAGUGUAGCGGUUCCCACGUAUAACCUCCUGCUGCUGGUGAUGGUGUGGAGGGCGGUGUCGAGAGUACAGCUGUUUGAAGACCUGUGGACGUGGACUAAGUUGUGCUCGUGUUUUGGUGGCAUUUUGUUCGCCAUUUCAGACACAGUGUUAGGUCUGCGAGAGUUCGGUCUAAUCAGUCAUCUGGUGUCCCAACAACAGUGCCAACUGCUUGUGAUGAUCACCUAUUAUGCGGCGCAGUUCGGCAUCGCUUUGUCUGUGGUCGACACCACUGCCAUCGAGAGCAUCAACAGUGCUAACGGUGCCAAACGGAGGGUCGACACUUCCAAAGAGAAACGACGUUAG